CCAGAGUCAUCGCAAGUCAGGAACUUUUCUACUACAGUCGAUCUACAUAACUCUUGCGACUCACUUCGGACGACUCGCCACCUCCAGAUAUGUCUCGCCAGCCCCUUUGGCUCCGCUGCGAAACGAAGGAGUUUGAGCAUCGUGCGGCUCUGACGCCGACCACCUCGAAGAAACUCAUCGACGCUGGAUUCGACAUCUAUGUCGAGCGGGACGAACAGAGGAUCUUUGACGACGCAGAAUACGAGGCAGUUGGAUGCAAGCUUGUCGCAAACAACUCCUGGCCCAGCGCACCCACCGAGAUACCCAUCAUUGGGCUGAAGGAACUGCCCGACUCAGACGCGCCCCUACCUCACACUCACAUCCAGUUCGCGCACUGCUACAAGCGUCAGGCGGGCUGGUCAUCUGUCCUCGCGCGCUUCCACAAGGGCAAGGGGACGCUGUACGAUCUCGAGUUUCUUACGGAUGACAGCGGCCGGCGAGUCGCUGCCUUCGGAUUUCAUGCCGGCUUUGCGGGCGCCGCCGCGGGUGCGCUCGCAUACGCAGCACAGAAAAACGGCAACGCUCUCGGCCUUCUGGAGCCAUAUGCCAACGAAACAGCGAUGGUCGAGGCGGUGAAGCAGGCUCUGGGUGGGAGCGGUAAGGGUGUCAAGGCUCUGGUCAUCGGAGCGCUUGGACGCUGCGGACGAGGUGCCGUCGACCUCUUCAGGAAGAUUGGCCUAAAUGAGGACGACAUUGUCAAGUGGGACAUGGCUGAGACUGCCAAGGGAGGCCCGUUCCAGGAGAUUCUGGACGUCGAUAUCUUCGUCAACUGCAUCUAUCUCAGCUCGCCGAUCCCGCACUUCCUCACUCAGGAGCAAGUGCAAGCCGCCGGCAAGAGCAGACAGCUGUCUGUGGUUGUCGACGUGAGCUGCGAUACUACCAACCCUCACAACCCGAUCCCUAUAUACAACAUCAACACGACGUUCUCGAAGCCAACCGUCCCUGUGGACGCUGGGCCUGAAAAUCCACCGUUGUCUGUGAUUUCGAUUGACCACCUGCCCACAUUGCUACCGCGGGAGGCGUCCGAGCAAUUCAGUUUGGACUUGUUGCCGUCGCUACUGGAGCUUCCGAAUCGCAAGGCUGCGCGAGUCUGGGUGUCCGCGGAGAAACUGUACCAAGGAAAGCUAGCGGAGGCGGUCAAGGCAGAGGGGCUGGCAUAGCUCAGGUGCAGGCGGUUCCGAUGUGCGGGCGCAAAACAGUAGACAGAAGCUACCAGCGGUGUACUGCGGGUGACGGAACACGACUGUUCCAGAUUAAGACAUGCGAUGAGAGACGGACGCAGAGCGCAGGGCCGCCUGCGAAUGUUUGACACAUUGACGGUGCAUGGCUAGACGCGUGGGUGCGGCGUGGCGAGGGCACCUGGGGUCGGUCACCGUCGCAGCCUGCGGUGUUUAGGCGGAUGGUCGGCGGGCAGGGCGUGUGUGCAGCGAGAGGGUGGCCUGAGGCCGCACUGGACGUGUGCGAGAGAGGAGGGAUCGAUGGGGAGAGUGAAUCGUGUACCCGGUUGCUAAGGCGGAGGCUUACAAGGCGGUGGUGGAUAGACGCGUAUAAGGCUGCGGCGAGGC